CUUUUUUAUCGCUUUCACCUGAACCGACGAGGAGAAAAUGCGUGUGGAUUUGUUUUGGAUAUGUUUGUGGUGUUUCCUUCGCCCUGGUGCCUCCGGUCAAGGGCAGUCGACGGCCGUUUGUUCGCCCUCAUGCAGCUGCGAUGAAGAUGGGGGUGCAGACUGCUCCGGGAGAGGGCUGACCACCGUCCCAAAUGGGCUCAGUGCUUUCACCUACUACCUUGACCUGAGCAUGAACAACAUCACGGAGCUUCCAGCAUUUAUAUUCAAGAACUUCCCCUAUCUGGAAGAACUACGACUUGCGGGGAAUGACCUGUCAUUCAUCCACCCCGAAGCCCUGUCUGGACUGCAUCAGCUCAAAGUCCUGAUGCUCCAGAAUAAUCAACUGAAGACUGUGCCCAGUGCAGCCCUGAAGAACCUUCAAUCUCUUCAAUCUCUGUACCUGGAUGCUAACCACAUCCUCACAGUCCCAGACAACAGUUUUGAAGGCCUUCAGCAGCUGCGCCACCUCUGGUUGGAUGAUAACAACCUGACUGAGGUCCCCGUCGGUUCUCUGAGACACCAGGAGAACCUUCAAGCUCUGACGUUGGCGCUCAACCGCAUCACAUACAUACCAGACAACGCCUUUGCGAACCUCACCAGUCUAGUUGUGCUACAUCUUCAUAACAACAGAAUUAAGCAGAUAGGAGACAACUGUUUUGCUGGACUUGUGAACCUGGAGACGCUAGAUCUUAACUUCAACAACCUGAUGGUUUUCCCCAAAGCAAUCGAGGCCCUACCCAAACUGAAGGAACUCGGGUUUCACAGCAACGAUAUUGCUUUCAUACCUGAAGGGGCCUUCCAUAACAACCCUCUGCUGCGAACCAUACAUCUUUAUGACAACCCUCUGUCCUUCGUGGGCACUUCGGCUUUCCAGAAUCUGUCUGACCUGCACUCCCUGAUGCUGCGUGGCGCCAGCAUGAUGCAGGACUUCCCCAUCCUUAAGUGGACUAAUAACCUUGAGAGUCUGACCCUGUCAGGAACCAAGAUCUCAUCCAUCCCCUCGAAGCUUUGUGAGGACCUCAAGUUGCUUCGGACGCUAGACUUGUCCUACAAUCAGAUCAAGGAGCUCCCAUCCCUCCAGGGCUGCGUCCGGCUGCAGGAGAUAAGCUUUCAGCACAACCAUAUUCAACAAAUUGACAGGGACACUUUCCAAGGUCUCUCUGCUCUCCGUUUACUUGACCUGAGUAGAAAUGAGAUCCGAGUUAUCCACAGAGAUGCGUUCCUCUCCCUCACUGCCCUCACCAACCUAGAUCUGAGUAUGAACUCUCUGACUGUGAUUCCCACAACUGGACUGAGCGCGCUCAGUCAGUUAAAGCUUUCGGGGAACCCGCAGAUGAAAAAUGUGCUGACUGCAAAAAACCUGCCCAAACUCAGGUCCAUCUCUGUCCCGUACGCCUACCAGUGCUGUGCAUUCGUCGGAUGUGACUCAAUGACGAGUUCUUCUGAGGAAAAUGACAUAAAGAAAUCAACAGGCGGGGAGGAUGUGGAAAGAAUCUCAAUGAUAAUGCAUUGCUCUCCUUCACCUGGAGCCUUCAAGCCUUGUGAGCACUUGCUGGGUAACUGGAUGAUUCGUCUGACAGUCUGGUUCAUCUGCCUGGUGUCGCUGGUCUUUAACAGCCUGGUGCUGGUGGCCACCUUCUCCCCCACACACCAAGCCCCAGGCCAUUCCCACUCCCUCACUCCGUCUCUCUCUCCAGCCCGGCUGCUGAUGGGGCUACUGGCCCUGGCCAACCUGCUCACAGGCCUGUAUGUUGGCGUGCUGACCGUGCUCGACGUUGCCACCUGGGGCUCGUUUGCAGAGUUUGGUGUGUGGUGGGAGAUGGGGCCUGGCUGUCAGGUCACGGGAGCCCUGGCCGUCUUUUCGUCAGAGUGGGCUGUCUUGUUACUCUCACUUGCAGCCGUGGAGCGCAGCGUGGCGGUGCGGACGAUUCUCGGGAAGGUAAUGAUGUCACCUAGGAGGAACGGAGGCAGCCAUCGCGGAUGCUGGAGAGGAGAUCGACGCUUCAGCCUUGCUGCAGGACUACUAGGGCUGCUGGCUGCUGCCGGUGCCUGCCUGCCUCUCCUGACCUCCAGUGACCAGUCCGCCUCUCCUCUCUGCCUGCCCUUCGCUGGUGGAGAGAGUCCAGCUCUGAGUGUCACAGUCGUUCUGGUGCUGCUCAACGCGCUGGCUUACCUGUUCACUGCAGCUGUGUACACCCAGCUGUACUGCCACCUGGGCCGGGUGGAGCUGGCGGAUCCAGAGCAGACGGGUGCCCUGCGACAUGUAGCCUGGCUCAUCUUCACCAACUGCAUCUUCUUCUGCCCCGUCGCAGCUUUCUCCUUUGCCCCUCUCUUGACUGGCUCUACAGCCGGCGGCCCAGAGAUCGCCAAGUCCGUCACCCUCAUUUUCUUCCCGCUGCCUGCGUGCCUGAAUCCAGUGCUGUAUGUAUUCUUCAGUCCGGCCUUCAGGGAGGACUGGCUGAGACUACGCGGCCGCGGAGGAUUGACCAGAGAGGCGAAGGCCGGUGCUGAAAGUCUCGGAGAUGAUGGUGACGGAGGGUCGGAGAUCAUAGACGGCGGCUCCUCCACCCACCUGGGCUUUGACUGUGGGGUGUACUCACAGCUUUGUGGAGAGACAGUUGUGUGCGAGCAGUGCGAGGCUGCGCUGCAUGCCAGGACCUGCUCUUCCCCCUCGUCCUCCACAGUCUGUAGACACUUUGUGAAGUCUCACAGCUGUCCCACCCUGCUGGCGGGAGCUGCCGUGUGCCAGCGCGCUGAGGGGUUUUGGGCAGACAGCGGCACACCCUCUGCUCAGUCUGAGUACGCAGACGAGGGGGACUCGUUUGUGUCGGACAGUUCAGACCAGGUUCAGGCCUGUGGCAGAGCCUGCUUCUGUCAGAGCAGAGGCCUUCCUCUGGUACACUACUCAUACAACAUACCUCGAGUCAAGGACUAAAGACGCUUCACAGCUCCAGCAUGUCUGUGUGCACAGAUCUCUUUGUCAUGUGAAUUUAGAUGCUACAACAAUAUAUAUAAACAUUUUUAUAUCAAACAACAAAAUGUGCCAACUACCCUGCUAAAAGAGCAUUCAGCAAGCACUUACGUUUGUAAUUACUGUGUAAACAGAGAUGCAACCAAUCAUUUAAAGGGAACUUGGAGACCAUUUCUACGUGAGCUGAACUGAGCACAUCAGAAUACAAACUGGUCGACUAAGGAUCCCGCAAAGGAAAAUCUUGCCACCAGUGCCUGCCUCUUGCUUUCUAUUGGAUCUCAUGAUGUUGCGAGCCUCAAUGUAUGUGUCAAAGAUUUUUGUGAUUUCUCUGUUUUACCUGUCCUUAUAAGCUUUUUCAAUUUUCAAUUUUAAUUGUAACAAUUUUGUCAAUUUUUAAAGCUUCUCCACAGCAACUGUUGAUUUUAUACUUUGAUUUUUUUUACAUAAAUGUAGCAAAUGUAAUAAUCAUCCUAGACUUUUUCUGCGUGAAUGUAACUUUCAGGUGGUCUUCACCUACCAGAGGGGGGGAUAAUGUAACGUCAGCAAUAACUUCUGCCCUAACUGCCUGUGAUCGUUAUCUGUCAGCAUGAGAAUGGUAAACGAAAACGCCAGUCUAUAAUAAACACGUCUUUGCUUUAAGUUACUAAGACUAAGAAUGUGAUCAAAGUAGCAGAUAUCACUGUUAUAGCAACAGCUGUGCUUGGUGGAGGUGAACGAUGUUAUUUAUUGUUUGAGCAGCAGGAGGGUGGAGAUGAUUUCAGGUGGCCUUGUGAAUGAUGAAUAUACAAUACAACCCAAGCAUUCACCAAAACAACAGCACUUCUCUUUGUUCAAUUAUUCGCAAAAAACUAAUACACACAUACAGGUUUAGGUCAUUGUUGUCAUUGGUCUAAAGGAUUAUUACAGUUACGUAUUUUUAAUCUGGGCCUUAUUUUCAGAGUUUAUUACCAUCAUGUUGGUUGAUUUGGAUCUGCAGAGCUACAUAUUCUAUUUGUCAUUUGGUCAAGAGACCUAUCAAACAAAAGCAAACAUUUCCUUUUCAGUACAGUAGCACUUAAAUAAUUAUAGAAGUCCUGCUUUUAUCAUAUGUUUAGAUUGUUUUUAGCUGUCACAGUUAUUGUUGACUCCUUGCUCUGUUGAGUACAGUGCAUUUUAAAAAGCAUAAUCUGUUUCUUGUUCAAAGGUAAAUACGCUCAUUUGAUGUCUUGCUGACUAUAAGAUGAGAAGAUCAACACCACUCAUCACGUAUCUGUAUGCUAAGUAAUCGCAGCCAGCAACUGGUUAGCUUAGCUUAGCAUAAAAACUGUAAGCAGAGGAAAACGGCUUGCAUUUUUAAUCUAUUCAAAAUUGAAGGACUGUAAAGGGAUUAAGUUACUGUUGGACAGAAUAAGGCUAGCUGGUUCCAGUGUUUAUGCUCAGCUAAGCGGCUACUGGCACGUGCUCCCUAUUUAUCAUACAGGUAUGAGAGUGAUUAUCACUAUUCUCAUGUCACUCUGCCCACGAAAGAGAACAUUCCCCAAAAUGUCACUAAUUGUAAUAGUUUGAUAAUCAAUGAGCAACAAACAGGAUAUAAAAAAGUCACCUGUAUUCACGCAGGUUGAACUCAUAAAGAGUGAUAGGUAACGUACAUUUCUGGUAGAUUUAAAGCGUAUCAUUAAACAUAAUUUGGCUCGUGAGCGACGAGUUAAACAUAUUAAUACCGUCCAAGUUAAACACGUGAAUGUAAUCCCACUCUUCCACUUCUUCCAACACGAUGCGAACGCAGCAGCAGACUGGCAGCCAGCUGAGUCAACAAGAACGUGUGUAAACUGCCAAAAAGUAUAAAAUGGACUGUUCAUUAUUAUUCAACCAGAAAUAUUCAAAGACAAGUAUCUGCAGUGUAAAUCUUUUUGAGGUUGAGGUACUUUACAGCUCUACAGCGAAGUAAUUGGCAGGAUUGUGACCAGAAUAAAUAGGAAAGAUGGUGUAAACGUAUGAAAAUAAGGCCUAUGUUGAACAUAAGAGGAAUUAUCUAAUUCACUGUCCUCCAGUGUCUUUCCAAUACAGUUACAUUAUACACACUUACUCGUAUGUUCAUUUCAGUCUGUAUCAUUGUACAGGUCAUGAGAAGAGCAUUAUUAAAUCGUAAAGUAUAUUAACGUAGAUGCCUUUUCACCCUGAGAGCUGACCUGAGUGAGACUGUGACGAGGGAUUGACUGAUGUUUGGUGUGCUGGAGCAUGACUGUACACAUUAAAGGUGGAUACACCCUCAGAGCGUGUAUCCACAAGUGCACGUCAUGCGAGUGCUCAGGAAUUUAGGCAAUGUAGGGAAACGUUUUCUUCCUCCAACAUGACAUUCUUGUGUCCUAAUAAUGCACCAUUUAAUUUCAGUCUUUUAAGGUUUUUUUGUCUCGACCGGGUGUGUAAAUUCUUGCACCAACCAAAAUGUCCGUUGAUUGUUUGAGAUGUCCCAUCUGGUGAAAAUGUACAAAUCUUUUAGUAGGUUGGUUAUUGUUUUUUUUCUCUCUUUUUUUCUAUGUAAAUUAUUUGAAAAGAAAACAAGUAAUCAAGAAUGGGAUACUAACUAAGGAAGCUACCUCCUCGACUGUAGUGGCGACCAGCAGUGCUUUGUAAGAGAAAAGUCUUUUUUCAUCUGUUAUUCUUUUUGUUUGCAUUCUUAGCUUUAUGUUGACAUGUGGUUGUACAUCAUCCUUUUAGAUAAGUGCAAAUUGUGGGAGGAAUCUAUGUACUGUAUACUGUGAUUUUUUUUUUUUAACCAAACUAUAAACUAUGAAUUGUUUUGUUUUAUCUUUUUUAUAGAUACAAACUUGCAGAAUUAUACAAAUUAUAAUAAAACGGAUCUCACUUAAUUUCAGUUCAAAUUAAAUUUCUUAUUUGUAGUGUUUCAUGUGAGAUCUCCCCAAGGUGUUUGAUUCUGUUCAAGUAGAAAAAUAAUUAUAUAAAUUGUGAAUGAAUAAAAUUGGAAGAACACAACCAUUUUUAUUUACCUUUGUGUUAAAAUUAAAACACUUCAGUGAC